ACUUGAGCGUUUGAACUUGUAAUAUUUCAAUCAAUAAUUUCUACAAUUACAUGAAACACAUACUCGACGUGUUUUUCGAAAAAUGUGAAAGAACUACUUAAUAAAGUAAUCUAAGGUGAAAAACAGUCAGAGCAUAACAAUAUGACUGCAUUAUUAUUAGCAAUCAUUUCGUUGCUUUAUGACUGUAAAUAAUAUUUAGAUAGAAAACGCAAAAAAAAAAAAAACAAAAAGAAAAACUUCUGAACAAAACUUAAUCUAGAUCACUUGAUGAAAUUCGCUAUCACACAAAUAGUUGUAUUAGAUUACCUACCUAUUGAUUGAAAUUUAAUUUUCGGAUAUUCGUUUCGAAUAGUAUUAUUUUGAUUUUUCCGUUUCAUUUGAAACGAAAAUUGAAAAAUGAGGUUCUCUGACACAAGGCAAGCAUGAAAUGAACGAAGCUAACAUCGAAAGAUGUCUGGUCGAUGUGUCUGUACAUAAUCAUACAUAUACUGAACUUACACAAUUCUGUACUCGAUAAUAACGUCUGAAAAAUGAACUUUAAUUCGUACUAUUCCCAUGUGUACAUGUAUGUGUACAUAACUAUUGCUGAUUGUGCUUAAUGUUAACGUUUCAAAGUCUGUUAUAUGCUACAGAUAUAUUAGCGCAUCUAGGUAGCCAUCUUUACUUUAUAUACAAAUUAUUUACGAUUUUUGUAUCAUUCACAAUUUUUCUAAUCCUUUAUUCCAGUGGAGGAAAACAUUAAAGAGAAUGCAAGAGAAAUUGAAGAAAAAGAGACGUAAAGAGAACAAAACGGAGAUCUAUUUUAGAGUUUCAUGUUCGAAGUGGGCAAUAACUGCUCCAGAAAAUCGUUAUACAGCAUCGUUCUCAUGCUUUGUGAUAUAUUUUUUUAUAGGAAAAAUUUUAGGCUUUGAAAUGUUGCAUUUCAUAAAACCGUAGUCCCAGCAUCUAAUAAAUAAUUAGAAUAUAAACAUAUUAUAUGCUCCAUGGCGACUACUAUGUCAUAAUAAAAAGGUUAUUCAGAGGUUUGGAACUUUUUAACUGACUCGUUUUAUCAAAACUUGGUGGGCACCAAUGCUUGAUCAAAUCAAUACAACUGUUUUGGUAUAAUUUUCUUUCAAGAAAUUAGUGCUCAUCAAACUUUGAUGGAACAGAAAGCUGCAAACUUUUGUCGAAAUCUUUAUAUAGCUACGAUUAUUUUUCAUAAUACAGCAAUACAAGUAUAAUUAUAAACAAUAAGUCAUAUACCUACAUUGCAGUUGUAUCGUGAAGCGAAAAAAAAAAUUACGAAAAAUAAAUUGAUAAAUUUGCACGUUUAGUAUAAUGAAUCUGAAUAUGGUGUUGAAGAAUAGAUCAACAAACAACCAAGAGAUUAAUUAACACGUUAAACGCCCCCGUCUGGCGAAAGAAAGCAUUAAUUUCUUGAAAUCUAUACUGUACUCAAAUGUCUAAUUACCAAUUUUCGUUAAAAAGUCUAUGUUUUGAAUACACUGAUUCAUGAAUGGUUUAUGAUUGGUAUUGAAAUUGCAGUGGGGUUGAGUUAGAUGUAUUUCUUUCCAAAUUAUCAUUCUCAAAAAUUGAAGCCAUAGGUGCGUUUUACAGAGAUAUUUUACCAAUGAAUGAUUUACCAAUUUACUACGAAUGUUUUGAACAAUUUUCAUUUAUGAAUAAUUGUACAGACAAGCGUACAUAUGUUAUAUAUGUAUUAUAUUCUGAUCUUUAAUACGUUAACUGAGACCUAUUUACAAUCAACCUUAUCGCAGCAAUACGACAUUGUGUAGGUCCAUUCUGAAACAAAAAAAUUCAUUAUUUAUCUUAUAUUGAAUAUGCAAGGUGUAGAAAGGCUAUUGCUACAGCAAAUGUUUCAUUGUAAUGAUUAUUACCAUUGAAUUAUAAAUUAAUUUACGAUGAUCAUAUUUAAAUAAUUAUUAUCAGGUAAAUUAAUUACCAGAAAUAAUGAUGCUUACAUAAAAGAAAAAAAAAAUCAUGAAAAUGGAAUCAAAUGUGUUGUUAUUUUUUUUCCAUGCACUUAAUAAAACUUCAUUAUAAUAUGUAUUUACUUCUGAUUGGUUGUAAUCACGCGAAACAAAGAAAUAAAAACGGUGUUUUCUCUCUAUGACGUGAAACGUGCCUGCCUGCCAAACUUGUAGAGGCUGUCUGUACUGUCUUUGCAAAUAUAUUAAGAUCGGCUUCAAGAUUGGAUACCAGUGUAUGAACAAAGUUUGAAUUGUUGUAGGAAAAAUAUUACCAAAAUCUCAAUUUUUGUACAACAUUUAAAAGUAUCGUUUCGCAAAUUAUUAAAUCUUCAAACCAUGUAAUUUAAUCAAAAGAUCACACAUCAUUAUGGAGGCAAUGAAUUUCAAACCAGAAGGCUCUGUAAUAUCCAUACAUCCGCUAAUCAUUACAAAAAAAGACUUUUAUCGAGUUCCAAAGAUAUCGGAGAGAAUUUAUCGGCCUGGAGUACUGGAAGGUAACUGGUUCGAAGACUCUGCACCAGUGACACCGGUGGAAAAGGACCAAUGGGCUAGUUUAUGUGAAACUAGUUACCGACCAUACAAGACCGAACUAUUGACAAGACCCAAGUUUGAGGCAUGGAAGCAAAGAAUAUCAACUCAGGGAAUUGGAGCUAGACUGUUGAUCGACCACCACGGAACAAAGUAUCAUAAUAAUUGGACAACGACUAAUGAUCUGAGUUUCAAAAUAUUACCACAAGGACAGGAUAGGCCUUUGCGUAGAACAUUUAGUGCACGAUGCAAAGAAUGGCUACCUGCUCAAGACUAUGCUAAAGUCUAUGGUAAUAUGACAAAAUAUGGGUUGGCUGAAUUCAUGAGACAUAAAUGGUUUAUUGAAAGUAAGCCGACACGCCCUUGGCGCACUAAUUAUCAAGAUGAUUUUCCUAAUUAUGAGAAUGCAUCAUCUGUUCGGUAACUAAAUUUUUUGUGGCAGUGCUUUUGCUAUUUAACACUAGCAUAUAGAUGACUUAAAAACUUGUUAAUAAUUUUGUAAAGUUUUCUCAAGCCGAAAGCAUCUUUGAAUGAGCCGGACUUGAGACACUUAGGCUUCGAUCUAUCAGCUCCCCAUCAAUCCUGUCCAAUAGCGUUCAAGAUAGAGAGUUCACUGCCAUACCUUCAGAAUGUGUUGAUUGAAGAAAAGGCAGUAGCCCAAUGCUAGAGAUUUGAUUUGCAAUUGAUACUUCACUUCACUUGUU